AAGGAGUUAGUAAAAAAUGACAUAGUAUACUUAUCCUUAAAUACACUUUCUGACAAAUUCUUAAAAGAUAUAUUGGCAGAUAAAAAAGUUAUAGAUUGGGAACUUGGAUAUGCUAUGACUAUUCAUACUAGUCAGGGAUGA